GCUACGUAGGGACUUCUUGGGCAAUGAAGGUGUUCGUCGCAAUCGUCGGCGAGGUAUAUAAGGGGGUAACGGCCAGAACCGAAACACCAGUGGCGAGUGCGAAGCCAUCAUGACUACGCACACAGUCCUGCUACUGGCCCUGGCGGCUGCUGCUGCUGCAGCGCCGUAUGGAGGCACCACCCAGCGCUGUUCGACGGAGUGCCCGUUGGCCGCUGCCAAGCUGUCUUUCACUCCAGGCAAAACUUACUCGUACACUUACACAGGAAAGUCCAAUGUACAGCUGAAAGGCGUGGAUGGCGGCAUCGUGGAGACACAAUGGGAAGAACAAGUGCUGCUGACUGUUCUCGGCCCGUGCGACGUGGCCAUCUCCUUCAAGGGCUCCAAGGUGGAUGGCAAGACAGGAUUGCCUGGGUCCGAUAAGUUGGAGAGGUACCCGCUGGUGGUGGCGAUGACCGACGGACGAGUGCAGCGCGUGUGCAGUCAUCCCGAUGACGAUACAUGGGCAAUCAACAUGAAGAAGGGCGUCGUUUCGGCUCUGCAGAUAAGCCUGCCGUCCCUCUCCAUCAGCAAUUCAGGACUCAACUUUACAGAGACGGACGUGCUGGGGACGUGCCCGACCUACUACGAGGUACAAGCUGAAGGUGCCAAAGUGCUGGUGAAGAAGGAAAAGAACCAUCGCUUAUGCCAAGAGCAUUAUCCUACCCCAGACGAGAUUAACCUGCCACAUCUGAUGGGCCCCUUGCCCAUCCAGGAGUCACGGUCGAGUUGCAGGCAAGAGAUCGACAGCGGCAUCAUCUCUUCAGUCGUGUGUGAGGACAAGAAGGUGAUAAGGCCAUCGUACGGCAUCUACAAGUAUGUGGAAGCCAAGCAAGAGUCAACACUGAGGCUCACCUCAAGCGAGGCUUCUGCGCCAGAUACCAUCUCCCGCAUUGGUCAGGACGAGCUGGUGCCCAGGAGCCUCCGUUACGACUACGAGACUGCAAAGAAGGAUUUCUCCCUGGUGCCAGAGCUGGAGCAAACCCUGAGAUAUCUCUGCGAGAUCACCACAGAUGGAGUUGAAGCCCAUGCCGCUGCACAGUUGAGCAAGGCCGUGCACCUGAUGCGCCUCAUCCCUGAGCAAGGUUUCAAUGAAAUCUACACAAAGAUGCGCAAUAAACAGAUAUGUCCGCAACACAGCAGGCUGGAGAGUCUGUAUAUGGACGCGAUUGCCUUCGUUCAUGAACCCGAAUCGGUUCCUGUGAUGGUCAAAGAACUGGUGGAAGGACGAGCCACCGGAACUCUCGCUGCCCUUUAUUCUACCGCAUUUUACCUCGUGCCUCGCCCUGAUGUGACAGCCAUUCGAGCACUAGAGCCUCUUUUUAAGUCCAAUGCUGACCUGAGUUCUGCGAAGCUGGCAGCCGCCUCCAUGGUGAACACAUACUGUCGCCACAAACCACACUGCCAUGAGGAAUCUCAUGUGAGAAACCUGGUGCAGGCUCUCAAGCAGAAGAUUGAGGAAGAUCUCGCGUCCUCUAGCAGCGAGGAGACUCAGAGGCAGACUCUGUCCGCCUUCAAGAGCCUUGGCAACAUGGGCGUCAUGACACCAGAGGCGGCUGACAAGGUGAUUCUCUAUAUGGAGAAGGAAAACAAAAAAGUCAGCAAUCGUGUAGCUGCUGCACAAGCCUUCAGGCUGACCAAGUGUCAACGUCCGGUGACACAAAAGCUUGUUCAGUAUGCCCUCCGUCCGGAGCAGCACACAGAGGUUCGCAUUGCAGCUUAUCUAGCUGCAGUUCGCUGCGCCAACUACGAGGACCUGCAAAAUAUUGUGACUAAGAUCUCCUACGAAGAAAACACCCAGGUUCGUGGGUUUAUCCUGAGCAACCUUCUAAACCUGCAACAGUCAGAUGCUCCAGAAAAGCAGAGGCUGCGCUACAUGCUGACGAAUAUCAUCGUGCCCCAAGAUUUUGAGGCUGACCUCAGGAAGUAUUCCCAAAACCUAGACUUCUCCUACUUCUCCCAAUCCCUUGGUCUUGGUGCUGAGGUGGAGUCCAACCUGAUCUACGCCCCUGGCUCCAUGAUCCCUCGUUCCCUGGUCGCAAACUUGACUGCAGCUCUUGAUGGAACCGGUAUUCCCAUCAACAUUGGAGAGAUUGGAGCUCGUCUUGAGGGUAUGGAACCGAUCAUCGCUCAACUUUUGGGACCUGCAAGCUACCUCAAGACGUCCAGUUACAGCAAGAUGUUCAAUGAUCUGGUCUCCUUCAUCCAAAAACAUUGGAGUACAAUUAAACAAGAACUAGAGGUCGCCAUCAGAGAGAGGAGGUCUGUAGACUAUGCAGCUCUUGAGAGUAUCAUCAGCAAGCUCUAUGGCCCUCAGUAUGGACAGUUCCAGGCCGACUUUUUUGCUCGCUUUCUGGGUCAAGAGAUCAACUAUGCCUCUCUGUCUGAACAGCUGCAGGACAUCAACAUACACCACUUAGUGGAAGCCUCUGUCCGGUACCUGAUGCAAAUGCUGAGCAGCUUGAAAAACAUGAACCUAGACAAGAUGAGGGCAGCUCACCUGGGACUGGACUACUCCUUCCCAACUAUUCAGGGCACACCGCUGAAGAUGACCUGGGAGACUGUGGCCGUAGCUGGAAUCAAAAUGGAAACGAACCUAAAUGGCCAAGGAGGUAGCGGUAGUAAACUCAAGAUCCUACCGUCAUUCUCUGUGGAGACACACGGCUUCAUUGGCUACGACGCCUACAUUUCCAAGAGUGGACUCAAGAUGAACACCACUGUCUCGAGCAGCAAUGGUGUCGCCAUCAAGGUGGGCGGCCAGAGCAGCCAAGAGCUACAGAUUGAGGUGGACAUCCCCGACAAGAUGGAAAUAAUUCGCGUUCACAGCGAAACGUUCCUCAUGAAACACACGAAAAACCAGCCAGAUACCAAGAUUCUGCCACCUUCCAUGCAAGACGUCAGAGUCCACCAUAAUUCAUGCUUCACUGCACUUGAGUCAGUGUUCGGUAUCAAGAUGUGCUAUGACGUCAACGUACCGGACAUCUUCCGAGCUAACGCUCUGCCACUGGGAUCCCCAGCCCUGGUCACACUUUCAGUCAACAAAAUAGAAUCCACCAUCACUGGAUACAAGAUAGCCGUUAAUGCAGACACAGCGACACAAGACAAAAAGUAUGCAGCCAAAGUCUCUGUAGUGGGCUCGUCUUCACCCAAGGAGGCCAAUGUGGAAGUUAACCUCAAGAAAGACAGUGAAUCUUAUCUUGCCGAGGUUAAGCUCCUAUCAUCUGUCACCCACGGCAAGGCCAGGAUUAACUUCAUUAACAGGCCCGAACAAAUGAGCUUCCAGGCUGACUUCUCCUUCACGAACAAUGGCAUGGAAUUUUUACAAGUAUUAAAAGUACAGAUAAAGAAAACGAGUACUACGAAUGGCAUGAAAUACGAGAUGGAUGUCUAUUGGAGCCCCUCCAACAGCAUCUCUCAGGAGUCCAAAAUGUUCACUGGACAGCUAACACUGGACCACAUGAUGCCUAGUAUGGUGAUGCACAUCUCGGCCGAGACCAAGAACAGCCUCAUGCAAUACAUUCCCUUCAGUCUUGAGGCCGUUGUAAACUUCAAGUACUACAACGGCGUGCCCCUCCCAGUGCGGAUGCGCCAACUUGAACUCAAGGCUGGCAUCGACGGUUGGAUGUUCAUAAUCUUCUUCCGCGACUCGGGAGAAUCCAGCCAGAGGAGUAAUUAUUCUUCGGGUCUCCAGCUGCUCCACGAAAAGGAGAUGCUGAUUGACUUCCAGGUUGACCUCCGCCUUCAGGGGACACAUGGAGUGGAUUUCAUAGAGCAACUCUUUGUUAACGCCAAGAUCGGGCAAACAGAGUACGAGAUGCAACAGAGGAUUGAGUGCCAGGAGACGAGGAGAGCGAUCAGUCUGCAACUUACUCGUAAAAGUGACAACGUGAAGCUGCUCGAGAUCGGCGCCGAGAAGGAUUCACACAAGAUCAAGUUUAUUUUCUGGGUUCAGAUGCCCGGGUACAUGGCGCCUAUCAAAAUGGCUGCCGGCGCUGUACAACAGGGAGAGGUCUACAAUGCCGAGGCAAUUAUCAUGCGUGGACAACAAAUAGUAGUGCAGCUUCACGGUCCUGUCACCUAUAUGAAUUCACCAACACUUGCGAAAUUUGGAGCUAACAUUAAAAUCAACAAUCUCUAUCAGUUCGUAUUUUCCUUCGAGUACGAAGAAAGCAAGCAAACUGUGCUCCUGGAGAUAAAGAAGGGAGAAGAAAUGCUUUUAUCUUUAGAGGGCAACGUUAAAACUCCAUCCUCUCAGGGCUUCUUCAUACAGGCCAAGCUACACAUACCUAUUUUGUUCGAUGGAAACACUGAGAUCUCCAUCACCGAAAAUGUUAUUCACAUCAGCACCAACACCCUCCUGCUGCCGCAUUCUCCUUCCCCACGUAGGAUCAAGGCUUUCCUGGAUAUCAACUGGAGCCAAAAACAGGGGCAGAUGAUGGUGCUCUGGAAUGCCGACAAGGAUUCAUCACAAAAGAUCGCUCUCGAUGUCAACAUCGUGCCGGAGAGUGGAAGGCCCGCUGAAGCAACUCUACACAUAAAACUCAUGCUUCUGAAUAAAGCUUACCACUCCAACAUGAAAGUAGUGGUGCCAUUCCUGCUGCAGCAGUACGGAGAGAGGAACAGCAUACAUAUGGAGGUAGAGGCAGCCGAGCAGAAGAAAUGGAUGCUUGAGAUCGGGGUUCAGAAACAAGAGAGCAACACCGCCAACGUUGACUUCACUUUCAAGAGCGUUAACAACAACAACUACCACCUGACGUCUGAUCUCAGGUGGCAGCGCCUCGAUGGCCCACUGUGCUUCGAGGUCCAGACUGGAAUCACAUUCAUUUCUCCGCUGAAUAAGCGCUCACAAUUUUUGCUGCAUGCCAAAAACCACAACUCACCUCAGCGGCGCAUCAUUCAUCUCAUGAUGGAAGCCUCAACACCGAGUACGCAACCGCCACUGAAGAUCAACUUCUCAUUGGAGAACAAGGACUAUUCGUACGUCACAAAGCUGCAAAGUGAGGUCAGCAGUCCUGAGACGGUAUUCAUGUGGCAGCUGGAGACCUAUCCAGAGGGUGGAGUAAAACGCUUAGAAAAUGCUAUCGAUCUCACAGCCAUUCGGAACGUAGUGAAAGUCGUGAGCAGCAUGGUGGGUUUGCGAGGAAGCUCACCCUUGGUCACCUCUGCCUAUCAGAAGAGAAACGCCUACCGUUAUCGCUACACCCAGUCUUCCCCUGGCACCCACUCCUUCAUAAUUGAACAGCCCUCCCGCACCGUGGAAGCCGAGACCACCUACUCUCCCUCUAAGGUGGGCAUCAAGUUCUAUCCGAACAGAGGUGAGAGCGAGGCCAAGUACGAGGUGUCUGGCGAGUACAUCGACAGCUUGUGGGGAGGCAAGUCCAGACUGCAGGGCCGAAUGAGCCAUCCCAUGUUGUCAAGGGACAUGACAGCGGCGGUAGAGUAUGCAAGAAGCGGCAGCAGUCAACAAGGAUCUUUCGAGUUGGAUGUCUUCCCUGAUACAGCUGACAAAAUCACCGGUUCUCUAACCUCCGUCCUGCGGGCAAACAAUACCAUCGCCAUCGAGGCUAAUCUUUCUGCCAGGGUACUGCAGGUGAAACCUAGAGUGAUGAUGGAGGUUUCCUGGGCAGCUCACACCGCGGCCUUUAAUUUCACCUUCCAAGAGACUCCGUCGUCACCAGAAUCGCUCAAGGUCUACGCCAAGUAUGACCGUAUCUCGAGGAAUCACGCAGCAGUGACCUUCCAUCUAGCAGGUGAGGGUCGCCCCACGAUGGACGUGUCCGGCGUAAUAGAGCCUCGCUACGGCCUUCACUGUGAUGGCUUCGCGCUGCUAGCUAAUGCACGCACCUCACUUCUUGGCAACUUCGCUGUCAAUUCGACUGUGUGCAGACCUAUGUUCCUCGAACUGGUCUUCAAGAAGCAGAAUUCCGAAAACGUCUACAAAGCUGCUAUUGGAAUUCAGUUGCCUUACAAAGCUGAAAUAAGCCUCUCCGAGAGCGACAGAUUCCAAACAUGGGAUAAAUACAUCUCCCUCAUCGGUAUCGAGCUUGCAACUCCACAUCGCAUUAAGAUCGACUAUAAAUACAGGCAGAACGAAAUGGCAACACUGAAGGAUUCGGUGUUGAAUGACGUGUACCGAAUUACGGAGGAGGUCUUGUUAUGGACGGAUCGAGUGUAUAGCGAAGUAAACCGACAAGCUGGACAGGCAGGCGUCCCAUUCUCCGCUCCUGAAAUCAGUCAGCUGCUGCAGGAGGUUAAGCGCGACAUCAUGGAGAUUUAUGCCGACGUGAUCUACAAUGACAUUUUGUACGAGUGGGACACAUUGAUGCAAAUUCUGCACAGGCCAACUGCCACCUUUAUCAAGGAGUUCAUUUUCCAGUCAUUGCAAACCAUGGCCCAUUCGCAAAGGGAGUGGGCAGUCUAUAUGGUGCAGCAGAUCAUGGAACUGAAGCAACAUUUUGAACCUGUUAUCAACAAAAUUACUGAAGCUGUGAGAGAGGUGGGUCAGUGGAUGCAUACUGGUGAGGAGCCUGAAAUGGUGCGUCGCCUGGUGGAGGAUUUGGAAAGAUCUGCCAUCUACCACAUUCUACAGACUCACAUAAUCGAGCCCAUCAGGGAGAUCUACCCACAGCAGUACCAGGCUACUAUGGAGGUUGUUGCUAAGGUCAUAGACACCCUCCGCCAUGACCUGCUCAUGAUGCAGCACAAAGUGUUGGCCUCGCCGACGCUGCACAGGAUUAUCCACAAGAUCGCCGCCUUGAGUCAGGAUGACAUACUGAGGCAGACGUUGGAGUGGUGGGAGAGCCAAGUGACGCAGAGUGUUCUCAUCAUCGCCCCAGAACCUGGCGUAUACCAUGUUGGGAUUCAAAUUCCACUGUACCGACCCAUCUACUCCCUCAUGCAAGUUGUGAACAUGACGAUGCAGUCCCCUCCUACUCUCUCGAAGAAGAUCCUCCUGUCCGCCGAGGGCUUUAGCCCUAUCCCAGUGAGCAAGAUUUUGAAGACCUAUUAUGAUUGGGUCCCCAGGAACUUGUCCGCAUUACCACUGACCUUAAACCGAUCUGCCCUGGUGGUGGGCGACACUGAGAUUUUCACCUUUGACGGUGUUCUCCUCCGCAUGCCUCGCUCAUCCUGUAAGGUGCUGCUUGCUUCCGUGCCCGAUGUGGUCUCCGUCUACAUGUCCCACCCUCAGCCCUCAGGGGCACCAGAGGUCACUUUGCAGGCUGGAUCCACCAAGGCCAUCAUCAAGCCAAACAUGGAAGUGGACGUCAAUGGUCGCCAGGUGCACGGCAGGCAGACUGUGGGUGACGUAGUCAUAGAAGUCAAUCCUCACUAUGUGACACUCGUCUCCCCAAUGUUGGGCGUUCAGUUGAUGAAGGAGGAGCGUGUGGUGAUGGUGAACGCAUCUACGUGGGUCUUUAACCACACCAGGGGCCUCUUGGGAUUGUAUGACAAUGAGCGAGCUAACGACAGAAUGAUGAGCAAUGGCAGGAACGCCUCUAGUCUGCACGAUCUAGUGAACUCUUGGCAGGAGAACCCCAGCUGUUCCACACCAUCCAUCACUCCAAUCGACCCCACGCAUGUUCCCGUGAAGGAAAGUGUUUUGUGUGACUUCCUCUUCUUCCAGAUGAAGCCAUGUAUGCCUGUGGUGAGCCCCAAGCCCUUCAUACAGAGCUGUCUCAUUCAGUCUCGCCCCUUCGAAGUAGCUCACUCCUACCAGUCCUUCUGCCGCACGCAAGGCGUCAUGUUUCCGCUUUCGAUCUUCUAACGACACGGACUAGACAAUGACUACUCACUGCUAAACAGGUUUCGCCUAAUGUAAGAUAGCAAAACAUGUCUCUGAAUUUUGAGAGACAUGAGAAAAGAAUAAAAAAAAAAGUAAAUAAAAUACAUUAAAACAAAUAGAUAAAUCAAUAAAUACUGCAAUUAU